GGCGGUGGCGGCGGCGGCGGCGGCGGCGGCGGCGGGGCGUAGCUUACUCACAGGGGCGGCCCGUAUCCCUCCGCCGCCGGCGCGGCUUGGCCCUCCCUCCCCUGGCCCGCCAAUCCCUGCGCCUCCUGACCUGCCCCUCGGUCGGGCCCACCCCGUGCUCCGACGGCCCCACCCCGGCGGCGCCGCCCGCCCGCCCGCCCGCGCGUCCCUCGGUCCACCUGCAGCAGGCAGGAAGGCAGGCAGUCCCUCCGGCUGUACGACCGAGAGACGCCGGCCGAGCUUGGGCUUUUGCUUUCUGGCGGAGGGAUCCGCGGCGGCUGACUAGGCGGCGCUGAUCCUGGGAGGAAGAGGCAGCUACGGCGGCGGCGGCGGCGGCUAGGGCGGCGGCGAAUAAAGGGGCCGCCGCCGGGUGAUGCGGUGACCGCUGCGGCAGGCCCAGGAGCUGAGUGGGCCCCGGCCCUCAGCCGGUGCCGCCAGACCCGGUCUCCUCAACUCUCCAUCUUCUCCGGCCGACCGCGAUCGCCGAGGCGGCCUCAGGCUCCCUAGCCCCUUCCCCGUCCCUUCCCCGCCCCCGUCCCCGCCCCGGGGGCCGCCGCCACCCGCCUCCCACCAUGGCUCUGAAGAGAAUCCACAAGGAAUUGAAUGAUCUGGCACGGGACCCUCCAGCACAGUGUUCAGCAGGUCCUGUUGGAGAUGAUAUGUUCCAUUGGCAAGCUACAAUAAUGGGGCCAAAUGACAGUCCCUAUCAGGGUGGAGUAUUUUUCUUGACAAUUCAUUUCCCAACAGAUUACCCCUUCAAACCACCUAAGGUGGCAUUUACGACAAGAAUUUAUCAUCCAAAUAUUAACAGUAAUGGCAGCAUUUGUCUUGAUAUUCUACGAUCACAGUGGUCUCCAGCACUAACUAUUUCAAAAGUACUCUUAUCCAUCUGUUCUCUGUUGUGUGAUCCCAAUCCAGAUGAUCCUUUAGUGCCUGAGAUUGCUCGGAUCUACAAAACAGAUAGAGAAAAGUACAACAGAAUAGCUCGGGAAUGGACUCAGAAGUAUGCGAUGUAAUUAAAGAAAUUAUUGGAUAACCUCUACAAAUAAAGAUAGGGGAACUCUGAAAGAGAAAGUCCUUUUGAUUUCCAUUUGACUGCUUUCUAUGAGCCCACGCCUCAUCUUCCCCUGUGCACAUGUUUACCUGAUACAGCAGUGCUGCGUGUUGUACAUACUUGGAACAACAAACUAGAAAUACUGUACUUCUGUACCAACAUUGCCUCCUAGCAGAGAAGUGUGUGUGUGACAAGCCAGUUCUACAGGCAUUACCUAGGUGUGAGACUAAAAGCUUUUCUUACUGACUUAAAUUUGGAUAACAGCAAGGCGUGAGGGGGGUGGUGGGUAUGGUGUGAGCUUGGAUGGGAAAGAAAAGGCUCCACUCACCUGUAGGAGAUUAUUUUUAAGUGGAAUCCAUUUAAACUCAAAACAGUUAUGAAAAGCAAGGUGAAGAACAUGAAGCUGUGUCUGUAUUCAUUUUAUUCCGAAGGAGCUACGUCUUAGGUGAAAGUUAUGACCAACCAGAUUAAACUCUACCCACAUCCUGCAUUUUAAAGUCUAAGUUUAACUGGUCAACAUUUAAAUGGAUUGGAGCUAUUAGUACAUCAAGUGUGAUGGGCUUUGUUCCCAACUCUUUUACAUUUCCCUACCCCUUCAACCUUUGGCCUUUCAUCCCUUCUUUCUCUCUUCCAUAUUCUUUGGUUUGUAUGUGGUUUCUCAGUUAAUACAUAGCUAAUAGCUCUUAUUUUUCUUAUGUUUUUAACCGCUUAGGUCUAUUUGGAUGUAAGGGUGAAAAUUCACUUGAUGGAAAUACUUGUGUAUAUUUAAAGACCCAGUUGCUCCUCUGGAGCUUGUACGUUCAAGAAUGAUUAAUCUGUGUAAUAAACUGAUUACUACAGUCAUUACAUAUAA